AGCUGUUCCGUAUCCACUGACUGCUCUGUCUUCAAUACCGCCGCCAUGUCCAAGCAGAUCACCAAGGCUGAGGUCGCCCAGCACAAGGACGACAAGUCCAUGUACAUCAUUAUCGACGACGGGGUCUACGACGUUGCCGGCUUCGUCGACGACCACCCCGGCGGCGCAAAGAUCCUGAAGCGCGUGGCCGGCAAGGACGCCACCAAGCAGUUCUGGAAGUACCACAGCAAGAGUGUGCUCGAAAAGUACGGGCCUAAGCUAAAAGUUGGCACGCUCAAGGAAGAGGCCAAGCUUUGA